GCGGUUUGUUUCUAAUGUCACCUUUAGCCACUUGUACUGUCUCUUUAAUUUGGCAUUUCCCUGUACACAGAAAGUGCGCACAGAUACCUGGAGACCUUUGGUACUGCUGGAGAGCACAAUACCAUCAGACAGAGCCGGGUGCACAGGAGAGACCAGCCAGAGCUCUACACGCUGGACAAGCAAUGCUAUAGGAGGAAAUGAAGACGGAUCUCCUGUUUACUGCAUAAUAAAGUUAGUUGGAGAGAUGAGGCGUUUAACCAGAGAGGGAGAAAGCGUAAUGGGACUUGGCCCACGGACAACAACACAGGCCUUCGGAAUGAAGCAGCACCCGAUUACAGAAGAGGAGGAAGGGGACGAAGAAAACAUGGAGGGGUGUGAGCAGCCCCGUUACAUCCCUAUCCGCAGGCACUCUCGUUUUUAUACUUCGAUGAGAUCACGGAAGCUUCGAAGAGACAGAGGGAGCAGCAGAGAGUCUAUGGAAAUACAGAAUUCUGGACAACAGGAACACAGGGACCCAAGAAAUAGCCUCAUACCAGGAAACCCUUCAUACAGGGAAUAUCUUCACAAUGAGGACUCCACCAACCCACCUGCUGACACCCCCUCCCCACCAGAGUGCACAUCUACCAGCACAGAGGCACUGCCAGCUGUUUACCCUGCGCCUGCAGACUCCUGGAAAACCUUAAUAGGACACGUAGAGUUCCUGUACCAGGAAUACAGAGAUAAAUCUACCCAACAUGAGAUUGAAGCUCGAAGACUUCAGGAUAAUUAUGUACAGACUCCUCAAACACCAGAUAGUCCCAAAACCCCAGAAAAGGGGUCUCCCCCACCCAUAGAGCAUCAAAGAUCUAACUCCACUUUCAGACGCCUGCAAAACAAUUGCUCUGGAUUCAACUUAUGGCAAGAUCUUCCGGAAAUCAAGAACAGCGGGGUUCUAACUGUCUUACAACCCCAAGAAAUCAAGCUUCAGGAGGCAAUGUUUGAACUGGUGACUUCAGAAGCAUCUUACUACAAGAGCCUGCGUCUUCUGGUUUCUCACUUCAUGGAGAGCGACAGACUGAAAGCCACCAUACACCCUUCAGAAAUGCACUUCAUAUUCUCCAAUGUACUCGAGGUCCUGUCCACUAGUGAAAGGUUCCUUCUGGAUCUGGAGCAGAGAUUUGAAGAGAACUUGGUGAUGUCUGACGUUUGUGACAUUGUCUUCAAGCAUGCAGAAAACCACUUUAGUGUCUAUGUCACCUAUGUCUGCAACCAGACCUACCAGGAGAGAGCGCACAGGAAGCUGCUUCAAGAAAGGACAGAAUUUCGGGAAGCUGUGGCACAUUUGGAAACAAACCCGAUUUGUCGAGGUCUCCCAUUCUCCUCGUUCCUCAUCUUACCAUUUCAGAGGAUCACACGGCUUAAACUCCUGGUGCAGAAUAUUCUAACUAAAGUGGAGGAGGGGUCCGAGCGGGAGGCUUCAGCACUACAAGCACACCGGGAGCUGGAGAAGCUGGUGAGAGCGUGUAAUGAUGGAGUCAGGAAGAUGAGUCGUACAGAGCAGCUCAUCAGUAUCGAGAAGACACUUGAAUUUAAGAUCAAGUCUGUGCCAAUCAUCUCUCACUCACGCUGGUUGUUAAAGCAGGGAGAACUGCAGCAGAUGUCUGGGCCUCGCACUUCUCGAACCCUCCGCACUAAAAAACUAUUCCGCUCCGUAUAUCUGUUCCUGUUUAAUGAUCUGCUGCUCCUGUGUAAACGUCUGCCUGGGGAGCGGUAUCAAGUGUUUGACGUUGCUGCACGUGGCCUCCUGCGUGUAGAGGAGCUAGAAGACCAAGGACAGUCCCUGGCCAAUGUCUUCAUCCUAAGACUGCUGGAAAAUGCACAUGAAAGGGAAUUUUCCUACAUGUUAAAGGCAUCAUCCCAAAGUGAAAUGAAGCGCUGGAUGACGUCUCUAGUUCCAAAUCGAAGAACAAAGUUUGUUUCCAUCACUGCCCGGGUAUUUGACUGUCCGCAGGUGCAGUGUGUCCACCCUUAUAUUGCCCAGGAGCCGGAUGAGCUGUCUCUUGAUCUGGCAGACCUUCUUAAUCUUCUGGACAAGACAGAUGACGGUUGGGAGUUUGGUGAACGUUUGCACGACCAAGAGAGGGGCUGGUUCCCCAGCUCAGUGACAGAAGAAAUACUGAACAAGAACAUCAGGACACAGAACCUGAAGGAGUGCUUCAGGGUGCACAAACCGGAUGACAGCAGCCAGAACAAAGACCGGCGGAAGAUGGGAAGCAGAACACGGCAGUGACCCCUGGAGAUGGCAUGGGGCAGCAUGCUGGGGGACGGGGAAAUAAGCAGUGUGUCUGUGACGCGAUGCAAAUAUUCUAUAUAAAUAUAUGUAUAUUAUCUACAAAUGUGUGUUACUGUUGUACAGGCACCCAUACAUUAACACACCAGGACAGAGCGGAUUUAGGUGUGGAAGCAAAGCGCAUCAUGCACGCAAAGAGGGACGCGCACACUACAUAUUUCUGAACAGAUUAUAUAUUGGGUUUAUACCUUGUAUAUUAGUCAAUAGUAAUACAUUACGGCAGGCUAUCCUAAACUGUGGUGCCAGCACUACAACUCCCAUCAACCUGCGCUGGGAGCUGUUAUUCAACAAGGCGGACUGCUGACAAAUAAUAAAAAUGGUCUGAAUAAUCUUCUCUUCUGCCAUAUACAUCCUUCUACAAGAUUUAUUGGGGGAGGGUCACUGUAUAGAUAUUGUCUUCUAAGACGUCUUUUAUGUCUGAGAAAAUGUCUCAACCGGGCGACACAUGCAUACAAAUGUCUCCUUAUGUCUGAGGAACAUGGAGGAGGAUACAAUUACAGCUAUAGGUUUCAAAUGUAUCUACAUGGCACACAACGUGAGGAAACGAUCUUCUUUUGUGUCCAGGGUGCAGGUAUUUCCUCCACUUUUAGCCUGUAUUAUACCAGUCCCACAGCUGACACUUUUAUGCUCCUCGUUAUGUUUUUUUUUUCCCCAGUAUUAUUUAACUGUAUUUCCUCUAUUUCCUAAUUACGUUUCUAUCUUGGUGUGGGCAUUUCUUCAUCGUGUUUUAUAUUUGCGGUAUUUUGGUGGCAGGGGGGUGGGGCGGAUUUGUGUUGAUCCCAUAUCGUGGCUCGUGGAUAACAUGUUUGGGUUCUAUGAACCUAGGAUCCCAGCACAAAGCCACUGAUAAAGCCAUUUAUUGGAGGAAAUGG